UGUUGUUUGUAUUAAAUGUUCUUCCAAGCGAGGACUUAGCAUGAAUUAUGACUAAAACGUCUCUGUUUUCAUCUGAGUCAUAUGUUGAGUUUGUCCACGAAGAAGCUCAAGAGAUGGCUCACAUGGGCACUUCCAUUGCGCUCCUGCUGCUCAUGAUCUUCCUCUCAGCUUCAAUAUCAACUGCACAAAAUUUCAAGUGCAACUCUACUGCAAAGUGUAGAGCCCUGGUGGGUUACCCUUCUCCCAACACAACUUCCAUUGGCAACAUUCAAACCCUCUUCAACAUCAAGAACCUCCGCACCAUUCUGGCCGCCAACGACCUUCCUGCCUCAACCCAAAAGAACUACACAAUUCAAGCUCAGCAGGUCGUCAAAAUUCCAAUUCCAUGCGUUUGCAGCAACAAUACAGGUGUGUCAAAUAAGAUGCCAGUAUACAAUAUAAAGAAGGAUGAUGGAUUAUGGCAUAUAGCUGUAGAAGUAUUUAGAGGAUUGGUAACACAAGAUAGACUUCAGGCGGCUAAUAACAUUUCCAAUUCAAACGUGAUAAUUGAAGGCCAAAACCUUACCAUUCCAUUGCCUUGUAGCUGUGAUAGUGUCAACAAUCAGAAGGUGGUGCAUUAUGCACACGUGGUGGCAAAAGGGAGUACACUUGAGUCCAUUGCUCAACAAUUUGGAACUGACAAGGACACUUUGGUACAGCUUAAUGGUAUUGAUGAUAGUAAGCUUUUGGCCGACUCUGCCAUUGAUGUUCCACUUCAAGCUUGUAGUUCGUCAAUUAGACCUGAGUCAUUAGAUAGCUCUUUGGUUGUUGCUAAUGGAACUUCUGUAUUCACUGCCAACAAUUGUGUGAAGUGCAAGUGUGGUGCUGCAAACAAAUUUACAUUACAAUGUGAGCCGACCAACCUUAAAUUACCAAACAAUGUCACAUGUCCAUCUAUGGCAUGUGAUGGUUCAGACUCUUUAACAUUGGGCAACACCACUACCAGUGGUUGCAGUCAGACGACCUGUGCGUAUGCUGGUUAUGCUAGCAACCAAACCAUCUUCACAACCCUUAACACAACAUCUACUUGUCCAGCCCCUGCCCCCAAUAGUAAUAAUGCUUCAAGGAUCGUUCUGAAUUCGAACUUCUUCAUCAUCUCCAUUCACUUAGUCCUCCUUUAUCUCUAUCUUUGUCAUUAACAUUAUGUUACUUGUUUUGGGUUUGCUCAUUUGUUCUUUUUCUUAGAUGUUGUUUUGAGAAUGGGAGUGGAUU